UCUAUCCUAUAUAGUAUAAAAAUGAAUAAUCACAACGGAAAAAAUAUGAUUUUGACUCCCUUUGAUUCUAUUUUUCAGAAGUCAGUUAAAAUCAGCACAACACCUAAAUAAUAAUUGUUUGACAUACUUGUAUUUCAAAAAGACCGCCGUAAAUUAAAUAUUUUUAAAAUUCGAUCCUUUCGCCAUCUAUACAGAAACGGCUGAAACUACUCAACAACUUACCGACUGGGUUUCCAAGACAGGGGAACACUAGCGCACCUAUCGGGAGAUCGCGGAAACUAGUCGGUAAGUUGUUGAGUAGUUUCAGCCAUUUUUGUAUAGAUGGCGCUGGGAUCGAAUUAAAAAAAUAUUUCAUUUAUUGCGGUCUUUUUGAAAUACAAGUAUGUCAAACUAUUAUUUUUUAGGUGUUGUGCCGAUUUUAACCGAUUUCUAAAAAAUACAAUCAAUUCAAAGAUCCAAAAUUGUGUCUUUUCAGUUGUGAAUGAACGGUAUGGUAGAAGAGAGACAAAUAAAACAGGCACGAUUGUUAUACUUGAGGGUAUCUGGGAGUUCCAAAAUCAUGAUUCCUUGAGAACAAAGGCAUGUUCAGUCUUUCUGUAGUUGUAAUUACUGCUAGUAUCGAAGCAUUAUGGCUUCGAAUUUCAAAUCAACUAAUUCUCUGAUAAUUUCACGUCGAUAUAGCGACACUAGCAACUCUAGCGGUAACGCAGGUGUAAUAAAAUAAGAAAUUAAUUCAUUAAACGACGCAGGACUUUUAAAUUUUCUUGCUAAUUAGGUAUUGAUACACUUAAGUAAAUACUUCCAUACUUGUUGCGAAAACGAUAAAGACGUAUAUAACAUAUAAGUCAACUAAUUAAUACGGUAGUAACUAUGGUUACAAAGGAGUUAUCGAUGUCAUACAUAUUACGAUUCUUCUGAAGGCUAGGAAAAAGAAAGUGAUGUGAUUUUCGAUUCCUAUUAAUCAAAAUGGAUGAGUUUUUAACGGUGCUUGCAGAGAAGUAUAUAGAUGUCGGAGUCGGAAAGAUAGCCACAGAAAAUUUUUAUUCAAAAGGAAAAAUUUUAAUCGGAAAGAUCGAGUUAUUCUGUCAAUUGGUAAAAAAUAGUCCAAAACGAUAUUUGAUAGAACAAUCCCAGAAGACCGAGUUAUACGAUCUUACGGCAAGCAUUGAUACUCUUACGCUUCAAGUAAAACAAUGGACAAUUGCUCUUCAGGAAGAAAAAUUAGAUUUUUCUCGCUUCCAGGAAAAUAUUGAAGCAGACUGGAAAGUGAUGAAAUUAACAAAGAAAAAUAUAGAUGAAAAUUUAAAGGAAAAAUUAACAGCUAUCAUUGCAGAAUAUUCAUCAAAGAUGUUAAGUAGAAAUUUGGAACACGAAACGCGAAAGAAGUUGCUACAAAUGGACUUAAAAUUGUUCGAGGAUCGUUUAAAACGCACUAGUAAUAUACGUUAUUCGAGAAGAAAUGAGUUAUACGACGCAUGUCUUAAAGCGAAAAAGGUAUGCUUCGAUCAACUGAAAAGGUACGAUAACAAUAUCGGAGUACUUCAUACUUGCAAAAGUACUCUUCUGAUCGAUGCAGACGUUAUUGAGAAAGAAUAUUUUAUUGUUCAGAAUCAGCUGAUUCCUCAGCGUGCAUUGUACAACCAGUUGAAAAAGGAAUGCGAAUUAAACGCGAGAGAAGCCCUUUUAAGAAAAGUUGAACAUUUUCGUCGAAAUCGCGCAGCUAAAAUCAUUCAACGAUAUUGGAGAUUUUACUAUAUACGCGUGUCUUGGAAGAAAAGAAAAGGCAGAAAAUAAUAGAUUCGAUUUAACUUUCACGCGGAUUUGCAAUUACUAUAUCGAAUAACAUUAGUAACGUGUUUAGCUCAGAGCAGUACGUUUUUUACCCGGAAAAUUCUUGUUAAGUAUUCAACUAUAUUGAUCUUCAGCUAUGUUUAGAAAACCCCUCUAACCCCUCUAUCUUACUCUCUCACUCUCUCUCUCUCUCUUUCUCUAUCACCACCCUCUCCGCGAUACUCUAAUCCUCACUCGAACUUCGUCACCUCUUCUUAACUCUUUCCUCUUCUCACCUAUGAUCAGACUACAUUGUGUAUUUCUUUCCGUAUCUCGUAGAGACCUGUUGAAAGGAAAAAGUCUAAACUUGUACAAAAAUCGUUCGAUGAUUUAUUGAUAAUUUUGGAAAUUCGACGAUUAUCCUUAACCACUUUUUUAUUUCCACUUCAUGGAACUGGAUCGAAGAAACUGAAAUUCUUUUCAAGUUUUUCUAACAUGAUCGUUAUGGAAAGUGAAGAUAAAUGAUAAAAAGACCGUGAGAAGGAGAGAAAAAGAAAGGGUAGAAAGUGAAAACACGAUACGCUGGACUGAUGUCGAGGACAGCAGAGAGUAAGCUUAGAAAGAGGGUGGUAAAUCGGACAACUGAGAAGCAGGGUUUAGUUCGGUUAAUAGUCGCGCGUAGGUCCGACGCAUGCUCCGAAUGAUUUUCCCGGGGUGAUAUUCAGUCGGGCAAAGGGAGCCACGAGCCAGCAGCCAAGGCUGGGAAACGUUCGAUCGUUACGAAGUGAAUCAGUUGGCUGGCCGGGCGUACCGCGAACACCACAAUUUGGAACAUGUACAAGUAUAUCGAUCGCUAUCCUUCCUACCUACUUUACAGGAAUACUGAUCGUUCGAUUUGUUAAGAGAACGCACGGAUACGAAGGAGAUAACUGUUGAAAGCAAUACUCUACCUACUGUCCAGACGAAAUGAAACCGUUCGGCAUAGAAAGCUUGAUAAAUUAAAAUUGCUUGCAAUCACGGAAGAGAACUGGUUAGGGUUACAAUUUGAUUGUCAACGAAGUCAACGAAGAAGUCGGAAGCAAUAUUCGAUAAAGAUACAAUCAAUCGUUUGGAUGCACGACGACGUGGAAUAACCCGACCCGACCCGACCCGACCUGAACCCGACCCAGUCUCCCUUGUAAAACGAAUGCGCACCACCUGUAGCUCGAUAUCUACGCUUGAAAGGUCAAUCGCCUUUCGAUCGAGUUUCUCUCAUCGAA